AUGGUCGUAGAGCUGGAGCGGGUUAUCCCCAAAGUCUGCGACGCGGCCAUACCGAAGAAGAAAUGGCACGAAUGGUCCAUCGCUUGGUGGACCAAACAUCUCACACCCGCCAAGAGAGAUGCGUAUCGAGCAAGAUUGAGAUACCAGGGGACCAAGGACCCCGCAACGAGGGAGACAGAGACACAGCGCUACAGCGAAUUACGAAGGAAGUACACCAGGAUGGUGUCGACAGCGAACAUCCAAAACGGGCGCCAGUUCGUCACCGAGGAAGGAAACAAUGAGCCCUGGGUAAUUGUCUACAAGGCUGCCCUCGGGAAACUGAGGAGAGAAGAGGCGACGUGCGCACUCCGCAUGCCGCAAGGAGAAACCUCGAGCUGGCGAUCCACGGCGGGGGCGAUGUUAACCGCUCCCGUUCCAGAUGACGACGUGGAAAGAGACACACCCGUGAAACGGUGGAUCAGAGAGGACUCCAAGAACGCCCCGGAAACCGCAGAGAGCCCUCCAUUCAGCAACGAGGAUAUCGGCAGCGCGAUAGCGCGGCUCAAAAGAAGCAAAUGCCCUGGCCCCAAACAGAUCGAGUCGGAGGUAAUUCAGGAAGCACCGAGAACCAUUCAUCAAGAGCUACUGAAACCCGUCAACGCCUGUUUGGAGUGGGGAUUCUUGCCGAGAGGAUGA